AUGGAGGGGUUAGCUAUGCAAAGAAUAUCGGAUUUCAUUAAGGAUGACUCAAAUCUUGAAAACUUAGCUCAGAUAAAAGAACAAAUUAAGAAAGAGAAGUCAACUGUGGAAUAUCAAUUGACGAAACUAUCGAAAAGCCGUUAUGGAGAGAUACAGAAGUGCUUAGAAACAAUUAGUAAUAGCACUGUUGUGGUUGAUGCUCUUCGGGAAAAGUUGAGAAGUAUUGAUAGGUUGAGUAAAGAGAACAAGUAUUCUAUCAAAAGCUAUGAGGUUUUUAAUAAAGUGACGAGAAUCCACGAAUUGAUUUCCAGGACAACUGACAUUUACAAUAAGAUAGUGAAUUUUGGUGACUUUUGCAAUAUGAUCGAUGUAUUUUUAAAUGAAAAUUUUAGUCAAGAUUUGUUAGAGACAGGGUGCCCGAGGCUGCUGGAAAUCCAUUUUAUGUUAAAUAGGGCUCGAGAUUUCUGUGAUCAGAUGACUAUUUUUGCGAAUGUUUCUACGGAGGAUGUACAAAGGACUGUAAAAAGGGUGUUUGCCAAACUUCCUGGCCAAAUUGAGAAGUUUGACGAUUUAAUGACCAGUAUAAUCUACGAUUUGCUUGAGGGGGCUCGAAAGGAGAACUGCUCAUUAUUAAUUCGCUUUUUCAAAGUCAUUGAUUUUGAGAUUCGUGAGGACCAGAAAAUAAUACAAACACGUCUCAUAAUCAAAAAUAAAGAACUAGAAAUGGAAUCUAACCGUGUGAAGAAGCUUCCCAGUAAACUAGCACGUUUGGAUGAAAAUUUAGAACCUAAGAUCAUAGAAUACCCAACUGAUCAGGCUUUGUUUGAAGAGAUUAUGAACGGUACUAUUCAGACACGUACCAAUGCUCGCGGUUAUAAACAGUUCUUAUUUAAUGCCAUAGAUCAAGCUAUCAAAGAUCUAUUUGAAGAUGUCAGAAAAGAAUACUCUGGUUCACGGCGCUUUGAAGUUUUAGAUAAUUUAGACUGGGUUUUCAAUGAUUUGGUGAUUGCGAAAGAUCAUUUGAGCAAAUUCUCUCCUGCAGAUCUGGACAUGUUUUCCAAGUACUACGAUUCUUACUACAAAGAAUUAAACCGGUUAGUACUGGAAUUGAUUAAUUCAGAGCCAGAAUCUGCAGUAAUCUUGCAUAUAUUAGACUUUGAUAAAAUGUUCAUGUCAACUUUAAAGAAAGAUUUCGGUUUCAGCAAAGAGCAGGCUGUCAGCAUAAUUGGGGAAAAAGAAAAAGAGAAGUUGCUGCAAGAUUACCUCAACCUGAUUGUGAGCAAGAUGGGCGAAUGGCUGCGGAAUCUGGAAGCCACUGAGUUAUCUCUAUUUGAACAGAGAACAUCGCCACCACAUACGGAUUCAGAGAAUCUCCUAUUUUUGGACGGGACAAAAACGUGUUUCCAAAUGUUUACGCAACAAGUGGAAGUUGCUGCUGGCUCCGGUCAGGCGAAAAUCCUUGUUGGAGUAGUGGAGCGGUUUUGUGAGCUCAUGUCACAGCGUCAGAGUAACUGGAUGAGAACCAUUGGGAAAGAAGUGAAGAAAUGCAUCCAGUAUAACCGAAAGUAUGAGGAGAACCCAGAAAGUAUCAAAAAGGAGGAUGAGAGUGCAGGAGGGUUGGUAGAAUAUCUUGUGGCGGUUGCCAAUGACCAAAUGAAAGCCGCAGAUUACGCAGUUGCAAUUUCGCAAAAGUAUGGUUCAAUGGUUUCCAAAGUGCAUGAGCGUACAAUUAUCAACCAUAUAGAGCAAACAUUAGAUGGCUUUGCCGAGGUCGCCAAAUGCAGUACUAAUGGCUUGGUGAUUUUGAUAUUUGAUGAUUUACGUAAACCAUAUUCGGAACUGUUUAGCAAAUCGUGGUAUACUGGCAACCAAGCACAGCAAAUCUCGGAUACUCUAUUCGAAUACCUCAGUGACAUAAGAAGCCAAAUGAACCCAUUCGUGUAUUCCACGUUGGUGGAAUCAAUCAUUGAGGAAACGAUCCUCAAAUUCAUUCAUGCAUUGAAGUUCGACCAUGUUUUCAAGACAAAGCAGAAUAAGUUCCUUGAAUGCAUGAAACGUGAUUUCGAAAUCUUCUACAAGCUUUUCAUUCAAUUUGUUCCAAAUGAGGAGAAACAUAUAAUCGAUGAGAAAUUCAAGCUGAUGGAGUUUUUCAUGGACUUCAGUUGCAGCCCUGUUGACAUUAUUAUAGAAACAUGGGUUCAAUGUCUUGAUGUUUACUGGGACACACCCCUCGAAUUCCUCCAAAGCAUAUUAAAAUGCAGAAAGGGCCUUGACUCAACGAGCAUCAAACAGUUAACCGCGCAGGCGCAGGCAAUCGCGAAUGAUCCGGCCCGUCUGGAUGCGAUCAAGUCUCAAGACUUGCAACCCACCUUCAUUAGCCGCUUUAAAUAA